GCGGCGACAAAAGAGAAAGGCAGCCUGGAGGGAGGGAGCGCCGAGCUACAGACUAGCACAGCAAAUUCUCCACCGUCCUCUAGCACCCACGAAGCGGCGGCAGUGGCAGUGUCUAGAAAUACAGAGCUAGAAAUAUAAAAUCAUCCCGCUCCUGCACCAUGGCUUUCCAAAGUAGGCUCCCUUCUUGGAUUAUUUUGUGCUCCGUCUGGCUGUUCCGCUUUGCACACACGGGGGAGGCACAGGCUGCAAAAGAAGUAAUAUUGCUGGACUCUAAAGCACAACAGACAGAGUUGGAAUGGAUUUCCUCUCCUCCCAAUGGGUGGGAAGAAAUUAGUGGACUGGAUGAAAACUACACUCCUAUACGAACAUACCAGGUAUGCCAGGUGAUGGAAUCAAACCAAAACAACUGGCUUCGGACUAACUGGAUUGCAAAAAGCAAUGCACAAAGGAUUUUUGUAGAACUGAAAUUCACUCUGAGGGAUUGUAACAGUCUUCCUGGAGUUCUGGGGACUUGUAAAGAAACUUUUAACUUGUAUUAUUAUGAAACAGACUACGACACUGGCAGGAAUAUCCGAGAAAACCAAUAUGUAAAAAUAGACACUAUUGCAGCAGAUGAAAGUUUUACCCAGGGUGAUCUUGGGGAGAGAAAAAUGAAACUUAACACAGAGGUGAGAGAAAUUGGACCUUUGUCCAAAAAAGGAUUCUAUCUUGCGUUUCAGGAUGUAGGGGCCUGCAUUGCUUUGGUCUCUGUCAAAGUCUACUACAAGAAGUGCUGGUCCAUCAUUGAGAACUUAGCUAUUUUUCCUGACACAGUGACUGGCUCAGAGUUUUCCUCUUUAGUAGAAGUGCGAGGAACUUGUGUCAGCAGUGCGGAGGAGGAGGCGGAGAACUCGCCGAAGAUGCACUGUAGUGCGGAGGGAGAAUGGUUAGUGCCUAUUGGAAAAUGUAUCUGCAAAGCAGGAUACCAGCAGAAAGGAGACACGUGUGAACCUUGUGGCCGUGGGUUCUACAAAUCCUCCUCACAAGAUCUGCAGUGCUCCCGCUGCCCUACUCACAGCUUCUCUGACAAGGAAGGAUCUUCAAGAUGCGACUGUGAAGAUAGCUAUUAUAGAGCACCUUCUGAUCCACCAUAUGUCGCAUGCACAAGACCUCCAUCUGCACCACAGAACCUAAUUUUCAAUAUCAACCAGACUACCGUGAGUUUGGAGUGGAGUCCUCCUGCUGACAAUGGGGGAAGAAGUGAUGUGACCUACCGCAUUUUGUGCAAGAGGUGCAGCUGGGAGCAGGGCGAGUGUGUUCCCUGUGGGAGUAACAUUGGAUAUAUGCCCCAGCAAACUGGAUUAGUAGAUAACUAUGUCACUGUCAUGGACCUGCUAGCUCAUGCUAACUACACGUUUGAAGUUGAAGCUGUGAAUGGGGUUUCUGACUUGAGUCGUUCCCAGAGGCUUUUUGCGGCUGUCAGUAUUACCACCGGCCAGGCAGCUCCCUCGCAAGUUAGUGGAGUAAUGAAAGAAAGAGUGCUGCAGAGGAGCGUGGAGCUUUCCUGGCAGGAACCAGAACAUCCCAAUGGAGUCAUUACUGAAUAUGAAAUCAAGUAUUAUGAGAAAGAUCAAAGGGAGAGGACCUAUUCAACACUGAAAACCAAGUCCACUUCAGCUUCUAUUAAUAACCUAAAGCCAGGAACAGUGUAUGUUUUCCAGAUUCGUGCUUUUACUGCUGCUGGUUAUGGAAAUUACAGCCCUAGACUGGAUGUUGCCACACUGGAGGAAGCCACAGCCACAGCUGUUUCCAGUGAACAGAAUCCUGUUAUUAUCAUAGCUGUGGUUGCUGUGGCAGGAACCAUCAUUCUGGUCUUCAUGGUGUUUGGUUUCAUCAUCGGACGAAGGCAUUGUGGCUAUAGCAAAGCGGAUCAAGAAGGGGAUGAAGAACUUUACUUUCAUUUUAAAUUUCCAGGCACCAAAACCUACAUUGACCCUGAAACCUACGAGGACCCAAAUAGAGCUGUCCAUCAAUUCGCCAAGGAGCUAGAUGCCUCUUGUAUUAAAAUUGAGCGUGUGAUUGGUGCAGGAGAGUUUGGUGAAGUGUGCAGUGGGCGUCUAAAGCUUCCUGGCAAGAGAGACGUUGCAGUAGCCAUAAAAACUCUGAAAGUUGGCUACACUGAAAAGCAAAGGAGAGACUUCCUGUGUGAAGCAAGCAUCAUGGGACAGUUUGACCAUCCCAACGUUGUUCACUUGGAAGGGGUUGUUACCAGAGGGAAACCAGUCAUGAUUGUAAUAGAAUACAUGGAGAAUGGGGCCUUAGAUGCAUUUCUUAGGAAACAUGAUGGGCAAUUUACAGUCAUUCAACUAGUGGGAAUGUUGAGAGGAAUUGCUGCUGGAAUGAGAUAUUUGGCCGAUAUGGGAUAUGUACACAGAGAUCUUGCAGCACGCAAUAUUCUUGUCAACAGCAAUCUUGUUUGUAAAGUAUCAGACUUUGGCCUUUCCAGAGUUAUAGAAGAUGAUCCAGAGGCUGUCUACACUACAACUGGUGGAAAAAUUCCAGUGAGAUGGACGGCUCCAGAGGCCAUUCAGUACCGCAAAUUUACAUCAGCCAGUGAUGUGUGGAGUUAUGGGAUAGUUAUGUGGGAAGUAAUGUCUUAUGGAGAACGACCUUACUGGGACAUGUCAAAUCAAGAUGUUAUAAAAGCAAUUGAAGAAGGCUAUCGUUUGCCAGCACCCAUGGAUUGCCCAGCAGGACUGCACCAGCUGAUGCUGGAUUGUUGGCAGAAGGAACGUGGCGAAAGGCCAAAGUUUGAGCAGAUAGUUGGUAUUCUGGACAAAAUGAUUAGAAAUCCAAACAGCUUGAAAACACCACUGGGAACCUGUAGCAGACCAAUUAGCCCUCUUCUGGACCAGAACACUCCCGAUUUUACCACUUUCUGCUCCGUAGGCGAAUGGUUACAAGCUAUUAAGAUGGAAAGAUAUAAGGAUAAUUUCACAGCAGCAGGCUACAACUCUCUUGAAUCAGUUGCCAGGAUGACUAUUGAAAUCAAAAACAUGCCAGGUGCUUUGCAAAACAGAGAACAAGAAAAAUCCCUUUCCAGAAGAGAUGACAGCCUGAAUAGAAAUGGCAUAAUGGCAGGAGAAAAAGGAAGCAGAAAGGGGAAGCAAAACAAGAGUUAUAACCAUAAGAUCAUGAGAUUGGUUUGGAGGCACAGUGAACGCUAUGAGGCAUUUUUUUAAAGCGCAUAAGGACUGUAGUUGGGAUUAGAGAAUGGAAAUGUAGAAAAGAAGCAUGGAAAGGAAUGGAGAAGAAGGGAGGAACAGACUGGCAACAGAAGGAAGAGUAAACAGAGGUGUAUGGGAGAGGCCAGAACACACACCUGACAAACUGAGGAUUAUGACUAAUGACAAGAAUGAAAGACUACAUCUGAAGAGCAUGAUGAUUUCAGGAGGAUGGUGAAGCAGGACAUGGCGAUGCUGCUAGGGAGAGAAGAGCCAGCCCUGGAAGCCUGCCCUGGAAGCUCCUCAUGCUUAGAUAACCCUGCUUCCCCAUCUUCUUUCUAGAUCCCCUCUUAUACACAAAAUAUGUAUAUAGAAGAGCAAAGGAGAAGGAGAAGCAGCUAAAUAAAACCUUUCCAAAGAUCCUGCUGGGGAAGAAGUUUAAGCUGGGAUGAUACAGAUUUACUCCUACUGAUGCUGCUCUUGAUAGCAAGAGGCAGAGAGCAUUCAUUCUCUUAGCCAUUCUCAUGCAGACAAAUCAAUGGGAGUCUGCCUCUACUUACUAAUAGGCCUUGUUGGGAAAUACUUAGCAAAAUUAUAAUACUCCAGCCAGUCCAGGACAUUUUAAAAUGUCCUUUUAUUCUAGAACAGAAACAAGCAGAAAUUACAACAUUCACAGAGAAAUGGAAACAGGGAAGAAAAAUAUUUGAGCAGUUUUUUUUUUUUUUUUUUAAAGCUGAAAAUUAUGAUUUGACUAUUACAGAAAAAUAUAAGGGGAAUUUUGCUUAUUGUAAAAAGGGUAAAUUUUAUACCUUUUCAUGAAAAUUUCUGAUAAAAUUGGGAAUUAGUUUAAUUAUGUAGGACUGGUUGUUCUUUUUUUUCUAGAAAAUUGGUGGUUCUAGAAGGGAACUGGGAAAUUUCCAUGUUCAGUCUGUCAGACAUUUUAAAAUACUCUAAUUUCCAAGGUAAGAAUUCUUCAGGAGUAAGAAAGCUGCAACGUGGCCAGUCUAAUCCCUUCCUCACUUCCUUCUCCUCUGCUUUGGUGAUCAGAUAUGUCUAAUUAUUAGUCUGCAAAGAGCAAAACCAGUUGCUAUGUCUGCCUGAGAAAAGGCAUUUUGCCAACCGCCUUGAAAAAUUUUUAACUGGAUCUGCUUACAGGAAGUCACUUUUUUGCUGCAGAUUAUUUCUCCACUUAAAUCGUCCUCAAAGCUCUUCCAUUUUGCCUGGAAAAGUUUAUCAGAAAGCACGCUGGACAGGCUCAGAUCUUUCUGUCUCCAGUGAAACUGUUUUUGGACAUAGUUAUAGCUUAGCCGAUGUACUGGUAUGACAGCUGAGAGACUACUGCUGUUCAUGGAGUACUCUAUUACCUUGGCAUACAUAGACACUUUUCACUUGAUACUUCUGACUGCAAAGUAUUGAUGUUUAGGGUAUUAUAGGUAAUUGUGCAUUUUAUUUUUUCUUAUGUUUUAGAGAAAAGCAUUGGAUAAAUUUUUCUUCUUCAGGGUAACACAGCUUUGCAUGAGUCAUUCAUCUUGAGUGUACACCAGAGUGAUAUGAAGUUGGUUGUUGUGACACCUUAUCAAUAUGACUCCCAUUUUUAGUCUCUUCUAGCAGUGGAAUGAUACAAGUAUUGCCUAGUAGAAACAAUGGCCUCAUUUAAGAAUAUCUUGGUGACUCUGGAUAGGAUUCAAAUAAUUUGUCUGAGUGAGGAGGAGACAAGUGUAAGUCAUAAACUGAAAUAUUACCAAAAAUCCUUAUCUGGUUGGGUUGUCCGUCAUUUGCUUGAAGAUUUUGGUAAAUGGUGGUUUACUGGAUUCUCAAAUGCUAGCAAUGGCCAAGCACUUUUUUUAGAUUUUUUUCAAUUUGAACUUUGUUUAAGUUAAUUAAACUCUUCUCAUCUCAGGGUACCAUUUUAGCAAUGAGGUUUACAGGAUCUUCUCUGUCAAUGUAGAAAACUCAGCUACUAAAGAACAUACCAGGUAUAGAGUCAACACAAUUUCAGCAGUGCUUCAAGAAUCAGUCCCACCUGAGUAAUUUCUCUCCACUGUUAUUGAAAUAAUACUGGAUUUAAAUCAUAUAGCCAUUGUGUCAACUUACCAAAAUCUACUCUGCCUAGAUUAUUUUUCAAUCAAAUGUAGCUCAAAGUGUUAUAACAACCCACAUAUCAUUAAAAGAAUGAGAUUACAAAGUAGUGUCAUAGUAUCUCCCCGUAAUACAGAAUUUUUUUACAUAUAAUUUUUACAUAUUUGAAAGAAUACCAUUAACUCAGUUGCAUACACCUUUUUGCAAUAAUGGACUCAGCGUAAAGCAAUAUCAAAACAUGGUUAAUGUUUCUACUAAUUUUAUUUAGCCAAGCUCCAGAUUUUCCAUAAUUUUGCCACUUUUUGGUAUGAUAGCAGAUAUGGAGGUUUUAUAUACCUAUCUUUUGGUGCUUAGAGAGGAUGCAGCUGUGUGGCACCUUCCCACCCUCUGCUAACAAAAGAAAAAAAAAUCAAUUAAGAAAUGGGGCAUAACCUCUGAAAACUGCAGUUUGACCUACCUUCUGAGUUCAGACACUGAACUGGAUGCAUGAUUUGAGAAGGGAUUUAAUACCAGCUACCUCAGUAGCUGCGUGGUAUUACAGGAAAAAUGUAGUAAAAGAGAGUAUUAUAAUGUAUCCUGAGAAUAGAAGACAGCAUGUUAUUUUGCCUAUAUUUUUUCUUUUAACCUUGCCUAUACUUUUCCUCACGAUCCUUCCCUAUUGUUGUCUGUUAGCUUUUUCAGGAGGACACUUGGUUGUGUGUAGAGUAAGAGUAGCUGCACCGACUCAAGCCCACAUAAUCCUGUGUAUCUGGCAAGUGUCUUGACUUGGUAGGGGUACAGUUCUGUCAGACUGUAAGGCCUUCACUGUCCCCUGCAGAUUAGGGACACCUUCAGCUAUUGAAUUCCAGACAUCUUCAGGGCUCUAUAUCCAAUAUGUAUAGUUCAAAUGCUUCCCAAAUCAGGGGAGUGCACUAUGAUGAAUAGUUUGAAUUUGUCCUAUAUCCUGUGAAUUUACUUACUUCUUCUGUCAAUCGUUCUCUCUCUGUCUUGCCCUUCUUUCUCCUGAAAUAGAGUGACCAGGGCUGCAUGAAUUAUUCAACAUAAGAGUGUAUGAUGUAUUUAUACAGUGAUAUAGCGAUACAGUGUAUUUAUAUAUAUAUGUUUUCUAUUUUGUUUACAGUUUCUUUCCUAAUCAUCCAAAUAUCCUGUUUCACAUUUUUAAUUGACACUGAGUGCUUGACUUGAUGUUUUCAGAGAGAUGUCUAAUAUAUUUCCUUAUUUUUUUCUUCUCAAGCAAUAGUUAAUUUAUAGUCUCUGCCUGUGUAUGUAUAGUUAGACUUAUUUUCCCCUUGUUCAGUUCUUUCUGUUUUAUCAAUUUUCAUCACCCCUUCAUUGCUGAGAGCAUUCAAAAUUGUGAAAUCAUUUUCCAGUUCUUUACAGGCAGCUUCUGAUUUAACUUUUAAAACCAUUUUGUAUCAAAUUUCACAUCUGAAAGUUCUUAGAUAUCACAUUUCCCUUUAUUACUAAUAAAAGUACUUUUGCUUAAAUCCUUUGUUCAAUUUCAUGCCUCAGUCCAGGAAUCUUUGCACGCACUUAAGUGCCCAGUGGCUAAAAUUCACUUCUGUGUUUUUCAGGAUGGGGAGAAAGGACUCCAAGCUAUUGUCAUUUAUGUUUUAUUAAUUCGAGACCUUUAAAGUAGACUUUAGACCUUCUUAUUGCCUCCUGGUUCUGACAGAGUGGUUAUACAACCUCCAGAGUGAAAAAUUCCUAAGGGCUAGAUCCAUAAAGUACAUCUAGGAAUGCCUUUAGCCUCUUAAACGUCCUACCUCCUUGCAAAUCUAUAAACACAGACUAGUCACGUCCCUCUAAACUGAAAGAGAAAACCUGGGUGUUUAGCAACAACCUCCACCAACUCUGGCACGUUGAUCAGGAAACAGUCUGAGUGAACAGAAGAACAGCCAGAUGGUGGAAAUUAAAUGAAUGAAUGGUGUACUGAUAUUGGAAUAUUUUUCAACACUGCUUAAUUCAUGGGAUUGUAAGGUGCUGUGAAGUGGGACUUCCAGCAUCUCUCCUGCAGUUGCUGUUUCUCUUGUUUAUCCCACUAUUUCCUGCAGUGUGCUCUAGCAUUAAACUACAACUCUGAGGUCACAAUUCCUCUCUUUUUCUCUGUUUCAGUAAGUGUUGAAUUUUCAGAGUUAGGCAACAACUGAGUGAACUUUGGGGAACUACCCUGUCAGUGUGAGCACUUGAAGCUGCAUUUAGCCACUUCUGUUUUGGUGCAGGUCUAAGCUGGGGUCUGUGUUACAAUACCUGUGAAAGCAGUGACAAGAAUUUGAACCCUGACUUUGCAGAUCUGUUAAACUUGCUUGUGUAAAAAGGAAACACUGUAUAUAUCCCAUAUCUUAACUUCACCCAAAUGGCAUUCUAGUAAUUCUACAAAACCCAUUCCCUGUCUACACAAGUAUUAAGCCAUGACCCAUGUUACCUCAUGUGAAUAUUGAGAGUAGACCCUAUGAGUUAUAAAUAUUCAUAAUACACCAGAAAUCUUACUUAGUGGGGAAAAGGAGUGGGCGACAGUACUCAAGGUGCAGCCUUCCCAGUGCUGAGUACAGGGGGACAAUCACUGCCCUCAUCCUUCUGGUCUCAAUUUUUGCGAUAAAAGCUGAGAUGCCAUUGGCUUUCUUGGCCAUUUGGGCAUGCUGUUUGUUUAUGUUCAGCUGGCUGUCAUCUAGCACCCUCAGGUCCUUUUCCUCUGGGCUGCUUUCCAGCUGCCCCCAUCCUGUAGCACUGUGUGGGGUUGUUGUGACCCAAGUGCAAGGACUUCUCACUUGGCCACGUUGCAAUUCAUACAGCUGGCGUUGGCCCAUUGAUCCAGCUUGUCCAGAUCCCUCUGUGGAGCCUUCCUGUCCUCCAGCAGAUCAACAUUCCUGCCCAACUUUAUGUCAUCUGCAAAGUGACAGAGGUUACACUUGAUCCAGAUCAUUAACAAAGGUUGAACAGAACUGGCCCCAACACUGAGCUCCUCACUAAUGGUGAACACCAUUAGUGGCUGGCUACCAAUGGAAUUCAACUCCAUCCACCACCACUUUCUUGGUCCAGCCAUCCAGACAUUUUUUACUCUACAAACACCUGUCUACACCAUGAGCAGCCAGUUUCUGCAGAAAAUGCUGUGGGAAAUUUUGUCAAAGGAUUUACUAAAGUCCAGGUAGACAUCAUCCACAGCCUUUCCCUCCUCUACUAAGCAGGUCACACAAAGAAAUCGGGUUGGUCAAGCAGGACCUACCUUUCACAAACCUGUGCUGGCUGAGCCUGAUCUCCUGCUUGUCUUGCAUGUGCAGAGUGAUGGCACUCAAGAUGAUCUGAUCCAUGACCUUCCCCACCACUAAGAUUAGGCUGAUGAGCCCCAGAUCCUCCUUUUGACCCUUUUUGUAGCUGGGUGUCACAUUUGUUAAUUUCCAGUCAUUUGGGACUUCCCUGGUGAGCCAGCACUGUUGAAAAAUUAUGGAAAACAGCUCACUGAGCCCUUCUGCCAGUUCCCUCAGUAUACUCAGGUGGAUCCAAUCUAGGCCCCAUGGGCUUGUGUGCACCUAAGUUGUGUAGAAGGUCACUGAAAGUUUCACCUUGGAUUAUGGGGGCUUCAUUCUGCUCCCAUAUGUGUCUUUCAGCUCAGAGGGCUGGGUACCAAGAGAGCAACUGGUCUUACUAUUAAAGACUGAGGCAAAGAAGGCAUUGUUAUUUUUUUUUUUAAAUGUUUUAAUAGUUAUUAUAGUUGUAAUUAUUACUAUUAUUAAGACCUAGGCAUUACCUCAGACCCAUAUACUCAUCCUUUGUCACUGUACUUCCCCCCACAUUCAAUAAAGGAUAGAAAUUCUCCUUAACCCCCAUUUUUGCAGCUAAUGUAUUUAUAGAAUGUAUUUAACAUUAUCUUCUUAUGGCAGCAGAUCAAUUAAGUUCUAGUCGGGCUUCAGCCCUUCAAAUUUUCCUCCUGCAUAACCUCAUGACAUCCUUGUAGUACUUGUGAGUGUCCUGCCUCUUCUUCUGAAGAUCUCUCUUUUUCUGUUAUCCAACCUAACCCUAACCCUGACAUAACUUCAGGCCAUUCUCUCAAUUCUUGUCACUGGUUACCACAGAGAAGAGAUCAGUGCCUGUCCCUCCUCUUCCCCUCAUAAGGAAGUUGUAGACUGCAAUGAGGUCUCCCCUCAGCCUCCCCUUCUUGAGGCUAAACAGACUAAAUGCCCUCAGCUGCUCCUCAUACAGCUUCACUUCAAAGCCCUUCACUACCUUUGUUGCUCUCCUUUGGGCACUUUCUAAUUAAGCUUAAUAUCUGUCUUAUAUUGUGGUGCCCAAAACUGCACACAAUAUUCAAGGAGAGGCUGCCCCAGUGAAGAGCAGAGUGGGACAAUCCCCUCCCUCGACUGGCUGGUGAUGCUUUGCCUGAUGCCCCCCAGGACACAGUUGGCCCUCCUGGCUGCCACGGCACUGCUGACUUAUCUUCAACUUGCCAUCAACCAGGACACUCAGGUCCCUUUCCAUGGCACUGCUUUCCAGCAUCUCAUUCCCCCGUCUGUAUGUACAUCCAGGGUUGCCCCAUCCAGGUGCAGAAUCUGGCACUUUCCCUUGUUGAACUUCAUGUGGUUGGUGAUUGCCCAGUCCCCUAAUUUGUCAAGGUCUCUCUGCAGGGUCUCCCUGCCUUUGAGAGAGUCAACAGCUCCCAGCUUUGUGUCAUCUAUAAACUUGAUUAGUAUCCUUUCCAGUCCCACAUCCAAGUCAUUAAUGAAGAUGUUGAAGAGCACAGGGCCCAAGAUGGAGCCCUGUGGAAUACCACUAGUGACAGAUCACCAGUCUGAUGUCACCCCAUUCACUAUUACCCUCUGUGCCUGACCCAUGAGCCAAUUGCUCACCCACUGCAUGAUGUGUUUAUCCAGCUGUGUGCUGGACAUUUUAUCCAGAAGGAUCCUGUAAGAGACAGUACUGAAAGCUUUACUGAAAUCCAAAAAUUACAUCAACUGUCUUCUCUUGAUCAACUAGGUGUGUGUUCUUGUCAUAAAAGGAAAUCAGAUUGGAUAAGCAGACAUUCCUCUCAUGAAGCCAUACUGACUGUGACCAAUGACAGCAUUGUCUUUCAGGUACUUUUCAAUACUUCCCAGAAUAGUCUUCUCCAUCACUUUACCAAGCACUGAAGUGAGACUGGCAGGCCUGUAGUUUCUGGAGCCCUCCUUCUUACCCUUCUCAAAAAUCGAGGCAAUAUUUGCCAGCUUUCAAUCAGCUGAGACCACUCAAAAAUAAUUGAGAGAGGCUUUGCAAUGACAUCAGCCAGCUCUUUGAGGAUUCUUGGAUAAAUCCCAUCAGGCCACAUAGAUUUGUAGGGAUCCAGCUGGAACAGCAGAUUCUGUGGAAUUCCAGGGUCGACUGCAGUCACAGUCCUCCAGCUCAGGACACUGAGACCUCUCUGGUCCCUUAUGCAUGUUGAAGACAGAGGCAAAGAAAACAUUAAACACCUCUGCCUUUUCUCUGUCCCUGUUUGUGAGGUGACCAUCCUCAUCCUGUAAUGGGUCAAUGAUAUCUCAAUACUGCCUAUUGUCAUUAAUAUUUUUGAAAAAGCUUUUUUUAUUGUCCCCCACAUUUCCAGCAGCUUCAACUCCAGUUGAGCUUUGGCCAUACAGAUUUUCUCCCUAGAGUGGCAAGCAGUAUUUCUGUAUUCUUUCCGUGUCGCUUGACCUUGUUUCCACGGGGAAUACACCUUCUGUUUUUUGCAUUAUUUACAAAGAAAAGAUUCCUGUUCAGCCAAGCUGCCUGCUUGACUUCUGAUAUUUGAGAGUUGCCUGCUCCUGUGCCCCUGCUCCCCCCCACUGCUUAUUUCUGCAAGAACUGAAAACUCUAUCAUUUCAUGAUGGCUGUGCCCUCCAACCAUCAAGUUCUGCUCUUUUUGCAAACAUCAGGUCCAGUGGGGCAUUCCUUAGUUGGCUCCCUCAGAAGCUGCAUUAGGAAGGUACCCUGCACACACUCCAGGAACUUCCUAGACUGUCUCCUCUGUUGUGUUAUACUUUCAGUAGUUAUCUGGUAAAUUAAAGUCCCUCAUGAGAACUACAACCAGCAAAUAUGAAGACUUCUCCCAGCUACUUAUAGAAUAUUUUGUCCACCUCCGCUCUUCCCGUUUGUUACUCGUGCUGCAUGCAUUGGUGUAGAAGACUAGGCAGGGAAUUCUCUCCAAACUAAUAUUACAAAUGAACUUUUAACCAGUGGACAGCUACUGUAAUCAAAGCUGAAGUAUCAAGGAAAACAAAUUGAGAUGGUCAGUUUGGAAGCAGGUUUUCUAAUAAAUACAAGGAGUUGGUUAUAUGCUUCAUUAAAUAUUUCAGAAAUAUUUAAAACUUCAGAGAAGAUGCACUGUUGUCAACCAUAAUUAAUACUAAUUUGGACAAGAAUAUCUCAAACCCUACUGUAGUAGGUAUUGAUAACUGGAGCCAGCAGAAAUUUCUUUAGGCAGUUCAAUAUCUACAAUUUUCUUAUUAUAUUUCUGUUUAUUUUUUAAUAUUUAUACAAAUUGUCAAGAAUUUGCCAAUUAAUAUGUAACAAUAUAUGGAACACAUUCUUUCUGAAAACUUCAUGCUCUAGUGUUUUCUAAUAUCUGUUAAAAACACAGUUUAAAUUAUAACUACAACUUCUGACUUAUAGAAACUAUAGGCAAGGCUCAUGGAAAAAGAAGUGCAGACUUUGUAGAUGAAACAAAUUAAGUUUAAAGCUAGUCCAACAUAUUAAUAUUGUGUAUCUCUGCCAAAUAAAAAUGUAGAAAUUGUCAAAUUAGUCCAUUCAGAAUUGCAUUUUAUCUGUACAAUUAUAAAAAAUGGCAUAUUCAUUUUGAUGGCUCAAUAGAAAAUGAAGGAUUUAGAUAUUUGUGUCAUCACAUUCUAAUCAUCACCAAAGCUGUGCAUAAUUCCUUAUGCAGAACUAGACAAAAUUACUGGAUAAAACAUAAAGAAGUCUUUACUAGAAAUUUUCUCUAUCUACCCAUGAGUACACACAGAUAUUCCAGUACACAUGCACAAAUAGAUGUACUGUCAAAAGGUCUUUGUUUCAGGAACUAGAGAUAUAUUAAGAAUUAAAAAACUUUGUUUAAGGAAAA